AUGUGUUCGGAAUCUGUACCAAAAGACUUUGAAAAGACAACAGAGGUUUUGCCUUUUAAUAAAUAUGGGUUAUCAACAGUGGAAGAGUAUAGAAAGGCUGAAGAAGACCUUCUUAAUCAAGAGUGGUUAAAGAAGGCUGGUUUGACAAAUGAAGAAAUAAAAUUGUAUCAAGAAAAUGAGGCGGGGCUUUUGGAUCAACGGAAUAAGAUAGAGUCCGGAGCAUUAAAGAAUAAAUUAGAGGCAAUCUAUCAAAAAAUUAAUAAUUUGCACUUUGAAACAAAAAGUGAUUGUAAUAACCGGCAAAGUGCUGAUCAAAAUGCAACUGGAUCUGGCAAUCACACAGAAAAAUGUCCACAACAGUCAAUCCAAUUUUAUCCCGAAGGACAUCCAAUGAAUGAGUUGAAAGAGCUGGAACAAAGUCUAUUCGGACAUCUUAAAACUGAGAUCAUGCCUAUUACAAAAAGACGAAAAAUACUUAGACGGUUAGAGCGAAAGAAAGAGAGACUGCUAGCAAGUGAGAGAGAAAGAGAUUAUGGCAUUUCUCCAAGUACAUCAGGAGUAGAUAGACCCGGCAGCUUGUGGGAUGUAAAACAAGUAGCUCCAAGAUUAAAACCUCAUACAGUAACAAGCCGUGACCAUGAUGAAAACUGUGUUAUUGGUCCAAAACAAAGGACAAUGUACACAGUUAGGGAUAAAAAAAUAGUAAGACUGGAGCCUGUGCAGGCGCAGCGCCAGGAGUACCGUGCAGUUGAUAUUGUGGUGCCAGUAAAUGCUGCUGAAACUCAAUUAUUGGAAGGAACCAAGAUGUGUUUAGAUGACAUCAAAAAGAUUGAUAGGUUCAAAGAUUAUGAGCCUGGAAUACCUUCAAAGGUAUUAUAUCUAAAAAACAUUGCACCAACAGUGACACAGGAACAAUUAUCACUGCUGUUUAACCAAUUUGUCUUAGCUAACGGUGGCCCAGUGGACCUUCGAUUAAUGUCAGGUCACAUGAGGGGACAAGCUUUUGCUGCCUUUCAACAUGAGGACUUGGCCAUUCAAGCAUUGGAAGAGAUCAAUGGCACUAUUCUGAGUGGGCGGCCGGUAAUCGCAGAGUUUGGCCGCAACACUAACCGUAUACAAGACAAUGAUAAUAGAUAA